AUGAAGUUCUCCAUCUUCGCCGCUGCAACCCUCCUCCUCGCUGGCGUCCAAGCCGCGCCUGUCAGCGAAAACCCAGCUUCUGUCCUGGAAAAGCGUACCACUCUCUGCGGUACUUCCACCUUCGUCGAUGAGUCCUCGUCUGGCUCACCCAAAGCGGCCAACUGCAAGAAGAUCGCGACCAACAUUGCCAGCGGAGGCACCUGGACCUUUGAAGGCUGGGGCGUCCAGCACCGACUUGUCCAAUAUGGCGACUGUGCCUUUGGUGUCACCUCCCCCUCUGAUGAGUGGACCCAAAUCGGUGCUGCCAAAAUCAUUGAGUUGAUUGACACGUCCAUCGAAAAGUACAAGUGGGAGGAGAAGGUUGGCGCAAAGGGAGUGGUUCACUGUUUGGGUUAUGGCGAGGAUAGCCAUAAGGUUACCUGGGGUCUCUAUAAGAUCUAA